GAUUCCCCUCUAUCAUUUCAUCUCUUAAAACCGUCGGCUGAUCGAUCGUCACCACUGAACAACACCAUCCAACUUCACUUUCAUUUCACCGUAUGUUAGGUACACAAGCCGGACAUCCAAGGACAUUUUUGCGAGCUGUACAGGACGCAGACGAGAACCACUAAUCAACUUUUGUCACUUCAUUACAGAGACUCAGCAUACAUUUUUCUUGCUAGGGCUCCAUUUCUUGGAAUGUAUCUGUUGCACUGAUCUAGUUGGCAUCCAUAUUUGCUUAUGCACCUGUCUCCAUGAUAAGUUUUGGCAACUUUUAAUAGCCACACACUCAGACUAUCAUGUCAAUGUUUUCCACAGUAUAUCUCUGAGUUGAAACUUAAAAUCAAUUCUAUAACGAGCCCAUUUUGCUAUAUCUUUAAUCAUGAUGAUUAUUUGUUUAAUUAGCUAAGCAACAUGUCAUACACAAGUUUAAGAAUUUUAGUUAAUUAUUUUGUCAUAGUAAAUAAAGGCAAGUCUUCUACUUUAAUUUAAAACCUACAGGUACAGAAGAUCUUGACAUCCCAUGCAGCUUCUAGGAAGAAGGGUGAUCGGGUCACUCUUUCCACGAAGACCUGCUUCUGUCUUGAUCUCCUUCCUCCUCUUAUAUAAGCCCCCUGCCCCCCCUCCUUUCUUCACAUUUCAACACCAUCCCUCUAGCUUACGUGGACUGUUCACUUGCGUAUACAAUCUUCCUCGUCUUCACAAGGUUAUAUUAAGAAGGUUUGGAUAUAUUUUCUUUGUUUGUUUUGCUAACAAUGGCGUUAGAUUUUGAUUUCGAGGACUACUUCCCAUCGAUGAUGCAGCGACUGGGAGCUGAAGGAUUUAUUAUGGAAUUAUGUAAUGGAUUUCGCUUGCUAAUGGAUGGUGAGAAGGGAUUAAUUACGUUUGAAAGCUUGAAGAGGAACAGUAUUUUAUUGGGGUUGCAGGAUUUGAGAGAUGAGGAGCUUGUGUGGAUGCUGAUGGAAGGUGAUUUGGAUGGAGAUGGAGCUAUAAAUCAGAUGGAGUUUUGCAUUCUCAUGUUUAGACUCAGUCCAGGGAUGAAGGUUGGACCAAAACAAUGGAUGGAUUAUGAAUUUGAUGUAAAUAAUGAAAUGUAGUUCGUAGCUAGCCAAAAUGUCUAAAUUACUUAUGUUUCUUACUGUUAUGUCCAUGUUUGAGCAAUGUAAUCUGAGUAUCAACUACUGUAAUGUGAUGAAAAUUAUGAAA